AGUGCUUGUUCCUUUAUCAAUAUAUUCAACGUAUGGCCACCGGCGGCAUAGUCGAAGGCAUCUUUUGGUUAGGAUGCACACACUGGGCUUACAAGCGAUGCACUCUCUCCGGCGACUCCGAUAGCCACUCCUGGCCACUCACAUCCGUCUCCACCUUCUCUCCCAUUCCGCGUAUCGCUCGAGCCAUUCUCUCCGUCUACGAACCCGAUCUCUCUCACCCUCAAUGGCCUCCUUCUGUUCCAUCUCCGGUUUCCAUCUCCAACCUCUCAAAACGCAUCUCCUACUCUCAAACCCACGGACACUGUCCUCCUUAUCUCAUCUACGUCGACACCACCAACCGUGAGAUCGUUGUUGCCAUUCGCGGCCUCCACCUUCUUUCCAACUCCGAUUACUCCCUUCUUCUUGACGACAAGCCUGGUCUCCAGCCUCUUGACUCCGGUUACGUUCACCACGGCCUCUAUAAAGCUGCUGUUUGGCUACUUAGCUAUGAAGCCCCCGUUCUCCGGCGUCUUCUCCGUGAACAUGGCCCUGACUUCAAGCUCGUCCUUGCCGGCCACUCUCUCGGCGCCGGCGUCGCCGCUCUGGCUACGCUGCUCCUCGUUAACCACCUUGACCGCUUUGGUGGCCUCACUCGUAGCCGUGUCCGUUGCUACGCCGUCGCGCCGCCGCGUUGCAUGUCGUUGAAUCUUGCCGUUAAGUAUGCUGACGUCAUCCACUCCGUCAUCCUCCAGGACGAUUUCUUGCCAAGAACAUCAACCCCACUGCAGUAUAUGUUUGGUUCCAUCUUCUGCUUACCUUGCUUAUUAUGCUUUGUGUGCAUGAGAGAUACAUUUACUUCAGAAGAAAAGAAACUGAAAGAUCCCAGAAGGCUCUAUGCUCCAGGAAGGAUGUUUCAUAUUGUAGAUAGAAAAUUUUGCAGAUGUGGGAGGUACCCUCCAGAGGUGAGAACUGCGAUUCCAGUGGAAGGCAGGUUUGAGCACAUUGUUCUUUCAUGCAGUACUACAUCAGACCAUCAAAUUAUUUUGAUAGAAAGAGAAGCACAAAAGGCAUUAGAUAGAAUGAAGGAAGAUGAGGAGGCAAAUUUAGCUCCAAUGCAGCAAAGAAUGAACAGAAACCAAAGUUUUGAAGAAGAACACAAGCAUGCAAUCGAGAAGACAGUGAACUUGAAUGAGCCUCAUGUUGAGGCAUUAACACAAGAGAAUUCCACAAGUGCCAUGGUGAACAAUGCAGUAUCCUCUCAUUGUAAUUCCAAUUCUACUCAGGAGGAAACUGACUGGGAGAAACUAUAUGAGAAACUAUUUGAGUGUGAUGAUCAUGAACUUGAGAUUGAGAAUAACAUUGUUGCAAAGGAGAAUGAGAAUAAUAUUGUUUAA